UCAGCUCUCCUGGCUUUGCUCCCUUUUGGGGGACCAAGAGGGGCCCUUCUCACCCCAGUGGACACCCCUGGAAUGACAUGCUGUCAGAGCACACCUGGAUGCAGACCAUCUCGUUUGUUUGGUGGUCUGAGGCCCUGUGUGCAGAACCCUCACAAAGUGGGCAACGGUGGGGAAGGAAAGAUGACAGGCCAGGAGACAUGAUCCCAGGAUGAGUGGGAGGAGCAGCUACAUUAUCCAUCAGCACACCCAUGCAUAAAUGUACAGAGAAAAGCGGGGGCCCCAAGGGGCCAGGGUAUAAAAAGAGCCCGCAAGGGACCAAUUCCAGGAUCCCAAGGUCCAGCUCCUGGAACCACUCAGUCUCCUGCGGACGGCUUGCCCAGCUGCAAUGGCCACAGGCUCUCACACCGCCACCCUGCUCCUGGCUGUAGCCCUGCUCGGCCUGCCCUGGCCUCAGGAGGCUGGUGCCUUUCCGGCCAUGCCUUUGUCCAGCCUGUUUGCCAACGCUGUGCUCCGAGCCCAGCACCUGCACCAGCUGGCUGCUGAUACUUACAAGGAGUUUGAGCGUGCCUACAUCCCGGAGGGACAGCGAUAUUCCAUCCAGAACGCCCAGGCUGCCUUCUGCUUCUCAGAGACCAUCCCGGCCCCCACGGGCAAGGACGAGGCCCAGCAGAGAUCCGACAUGGAGCUGCUCCGCUUCUCGCUGCUGCUCAUCCAGUCGUGGCUCGGGCCUGUGCAGCUGCUCAGCAGGGUCUUCACCAACAGCCUGGUACUCGGAACCUCGGACCGAGUCUAUGAGAAACUGAAGGACCUGGAGGAAGGCAUCCAAGCCCUGAUGCGGGAGCUGGAAGAUGGCAGCCCCCGGGUGGGACAGAUCCUCAAGCAAACCUACGACAAGUUUGACACCAACCUGCGCAGUGACGACGCACUGCUUAAGAACUAUGGGCUGCUCUCUUGCUUCAAGAAGGACCUGCACAAGGCUGAGACGUACCUGCGGGUCAUGAAGUGUCGCCGCUUUGUGGAAAGCAGCUGUGCCUUCUAG